AUGAAAGCUACUCUGGAUGAUGUUGAGAAGCCAGAAAAGCGAGGAAAGAAAGCAGAUUCCAAGAAGGUGGAAACCGAAGGGCCUUCUUCUAAGCCAGUUAAAUCCAAGAAGCGAAAAGCUAAAAAAGAUGCUUCCUCGGCUCCUAAGAAAGUUAAGAAGAUGGCCCGAAGACUAAAUACUCUGUCACCUUCUAGCUGUAGUAAUUAUGAGGAGCAGUAUGCUGAUGAGGAAGAGGAAGAUCAGCGUGAAGGUUCUCCUAGGGAUAAUACACCACCUCGGUCUCCAACUCCAGAAGGCACUCUUAAUGAUUAUGAUCCCACUCCUCCUCCAUCACCACCGAAGACUACUGUUCAAGUUUUGGUUGCCCGAAUUCCUCCAUUUCCUACAACUCUAACUACUACCACUGUUCCACCACCUCCACCUGUCAGAUCAAUACCCUUAUCUACAACCCCAUUACCACCUCCCAUUAUUUCCCAAGCAACUAUCACCUCUACAACGAUCAUAACAACCACCACUGAAUCUCCAGGACAAAUUUCUACGUCAUACCAACUAUACAUGUCGGAUGGGUCUUCCCGUGACGGUGACGGGCAGCUGUCCGUCCCUACCACUGCUCCAGCAGGUGAGACAAAGACGACAUCGCCGGUUGAGCCUAGCGGUGGUCGUCAAGGGAGGCGUCGACGGAUGGAAAUUCAACAGCUUAAGUUCCUAGCGGCUGCGGCAUCUGACGUGGUGAUGCCUCCGCCUGAUACUAGUACUAGGAAGCGAAGAAAGGUUGGAAGUAUCGAGACGAUUGAAACUACUACUGGUGGUGAUUUUGGUUUACCUAACCCGAAAGAAUUCCAGAAAGCAGUCCAAUCUAGUGAUAUGAAAACGGUGGAAAUCGAUCCUUGUGGUCGUGGAGCAUGUGGAACGUCGUCGGAAACUUUGGGAGAGGAUGUGUUGGAUAAGGAAAACUCUAGAUUUGGUCUCACUGUUGUUUGUGGAAGGAGGAGAGAUUUGGAAGAUGCUGUUGCUGUAAAACCUUCGUUUUGUAGAACAAGUUCUCGUAGUUCCGACGAUCUACACUUUUAUGGCGUUUACGAUGGCCAUGGUUGCUCACAUGUGGCAAUGAAGUGCAAAGACAGAAUGCAUGAAAUAGUGAAGGAAGAAGUAGUGAGUUGCGAGAAAUCCAUGGAAUGGAGAGAGGCGAUGGUAAAGAGUUUCUCACGAAUGGACAAGGACAUAACCGACUGGAGCAAUUCUGCAUCAAGAUCAAACUGUAGAUGCGAACUUCAAACUCCACAGUGCGACGCCGUCGGAUCUACCGCCGUCGUUGCGGUAGUUACACCAGAAAAGAUCGUCGUCUCCAACUGCGGAGAUUCGCGUGCAGUGCUUUGCCGGAACGGCGUUGCCAUUCCUCUCUCCGUAGAUCAUAAGCCUGAUCGACCCGAUGAGCUUGCGAGAAUAGAAGAAGCCGGUGGUCGUGUUAUAUAUUGGGAUGGCGCUAGAGUUCUCGGCGUUCUAGCCAUGUCUAGAGCAAUCGGCGACAACUAUCUGAAGCCGUACGUGAUACCGGAACCGGAAGUAACCGUAACGGAGCGGACGGCCGACGAUGAGUGCCUUAUCCUUGCAAGCGACGGCCUGUGGGAUGUUGUAUCAAACGACGUAGCAUGUAGUGUGGCCAGCAUGUGCCUGAGGUCACAGGAGGUUCCAUCUCCGCCGCGGUCUCCCGGAAGUGAGUUGAAUGUUGCCCGUGGUGAGAGCUCCGACAAGGCAUGCUCCGAUGCAUCGGUGCUUCUGACGAAAUUAGCCUUGGCUAGACGGAGCACGGAUAACGUCAGCGUGGUGGUGGUUGAUCUACGGAGGAACUUAUAACCUCUUUUACCAGAUUCUUAUUUUUAUUUUAAAAUUCGAAGGAUUCGAUGUCUUGUUAACGAUAUAAUAUAAAAUGUAUAUAGUUAAAGAAGUAAUAUACAUAUUAUUUGAAUCAGUUAUUUUCCAGAAAAAAUGAUUAAUCAUUUAUCAACCCAAUAAAGUUUUAAACCGUUUAAAAACACCAAUCAUAUUUUCUUUGUUCAAAAAAACUCAACGAACUAAGUUACACUUCCUUAAAGUUAAAUAAGAGAAAGAGAUGACGUGACUGAUUACCGUAUCGGAAAAACGACUGUUAGAUCAACGAAGUUUCUGAAACGUUUAAAAAAUUACAAUCAUGUUUUACUGUUAAAAAGAAAACCUAACGAACUUAAACAAUACAAAAUUGAGAUUUUUUGAACAGUUUAGAACUUUGUUGAACUUUUUAAACAAAAUAUUUAGUUCGUUGAAUUUGUUUUGAACACAUAAAAUAUGAUUGAG